AUGCCUAUCACAUGGAAUGCUCAAGCCGAUGCCCGGCUCUUGGUUGCCAUUAUGAGAACUGCACCGAAAAUCGACCUCAAGGCAGUGGCAGAGUACAUGGGCGACGACGUCACCGAAUAUGCAUUGCAGCAUCGUUUCAGAAAGCUCAAGAAACUGGCUGAUGGAGAUGGAGGUGAAGCUGGCUCGGCGCCCACAACGCCUUCGAAAUCCCCCAAGACCCCUGUGAAGAGUCGCAGUGCGGUCUCGAAGAGCACUCCGAGUACUUCAGCAAGGAAGCGCAAGGCUGUGGUUAAGCCAGACAUGGACGAAGAUGAAUCGGUUGUCAAGGAGGAACCUGCAAACAAGAAGAUUAAAGCGGAAAACGCUGACGAUGAUGCGGCGUUUAUUUGA